AUGAGAAUGAGCAGAGGAAAAAAUUCUUUCGAAAAGCUUAUUGACUUUUACGAAAGUCCCAUCGUGUUGCUUCAUUAUCAUAUUAUGAAUUUUCAACAUCAUCAAACAAUAAGUGGAUUGAUGUACAUAAAUAACGCUGACUUGCUGAAGGAAUUAACUUUUAACCAGCAUAAUUUUAAUGCAACAGAUUUUUCAUCAACAUAUGAAACUUUAAACGUUUAA